AUGGCUGAGGGAAAUCUUCCUAUGAGAUACUUGGAGGUUCUUUUGAUCUCGAAGAAGUUGGAUGCAUCAGAUUGUGAUAGUUUAUUGAAUAAAAUCUCAGCAAAAGCAAAAAUUGCUUACGAUGAUCGUAGUGUUCUAAAGGACGAGGGUGGAUUAGGAUUGCGGAAGUUGGUUGAUUGGAACAAGGCUACUAUUCUUCGCCAUUUGUUGUCUUUGUUUGCUAGAUCGGGGUCUCUUUGGGUUGCUUGGGUUGAUUCAAAUUUGCUAAAAGGAAGAAGCUUCUUGUUACUUAAAAUUUCACAGGAUUCUUCUUGGAGCUGGAAGAAAAUCCUCAAACUUCGUGAGGUGGCUAAAAGCUAUUUGUCUUUCAAGGUUGGGGAUGGAUCCAAAAUUUCUUUGUGGUUGGGGGCUUGGCACCCAGAUGGAAUUCUCUUGGAUAAAGAUGGCUUUAGGGUCAUAGAUGACUCUAGAAGCCGUAUAGAUGCAAAGCUCUCUAGUGUGAUAAAAAAUGGAGAUUGGAAUUGGCUGCCAGCUAGGUUGGAAGAGUUGGUUGCAAUUCAAAGCCGUUUGUCUCUAGUGGAUUUGGGUGUUCAUGAUAUGCUUAUUUGGAAGCCUUCAAAGAAUCGCAAAUAUUCUUGUAGGGACACAUGGGAGGCUCUUUGA